AAGAGCCUCCGGAAACCCCGAACUUCAUGGAUGCGGCCGCAUUUAGGCCCCGAUAGUUUAUCCGAUCUCCGCCCCAUCACGAAGCUUAAACUCGGACAAGGAUAACUAUAGAGAGCACCUCUAUGACGCUCGUCCCUACCUCUAUGUACUGAUUUUUUGCUUUAUUUAUGCAGCAGUGAAUAUUUUCGACGUGCUGAGAGUUGUUCGAAUUGAAAGCGCACUCUUUGAUCCACUGCAGAACUAUUUCCUGGCGACUGCGAGCGACGUAGUGAGACGAGCGAAAGCCGAGGAUACGAGAGAUUCUUUCUUGCGACGGCCAUGCUGCAAUAGCACCUCCUCCGAACGGCCCAACUCGAUACCUGCGUCUUGCAUAUAGGCACAGCGCAUCAUGUCGGAAACGAGGCUUGACCAGAUCAUCAAGGGCGCACCACAAGGCGACGCGCCCGCAGCGGAUACGACAACCGCCUCUGGGGUCGCUGACCCUCUCGCACAUCUGCCAUCUUCCCCGCCACAGAUAUACCUAAAUCUUCUUAUCCUCGAAGCGUCUUUGCGCGCACAAUACCUCGAGCUUCGCGCACGGCGGCGACAGCACACGUUCUUUCUUACCCUCCUCGCACUCUGGACGGGAUACUUCGCUUACGCCUUGUUUCUGGCGCCUAGAGAAGAUGGAAGUGGUGUCGGAGGCUCUGUAUACUGGGUGGUAGAGGUGGCGGAGAAGGUCUGCUUGAUGGGCGGAGUUGUUACUGCGGUACUGGUUUGGGGGACAGGACAGUGGGAGCGAGGAAUUCGAUGGCCCCGCCGGUGGGUUGGAGUCACAAACCGCGGCCUCAGAGGAUUCAAUUACAAGAUUGUCGUGGUCAAAGGGCCCUGGUGGAAAGAAUGGAUGUCAACUUUUUCGUUCUUCUUUUCCUCGGGUCUCUUACUCAACAACGGCUCCUCAACCUAUCGCUACAUACCACCCUCCAUAGCCAACCCAACACCGCAGUCAAACCGCAAUUCUACCAGCGGACUACCAAAUAUUGCCGAACACGUCCCAUCGAAAGGACAUGAAGAAGAUCUCUCACCCGGCGGUGACACCAUAUCAUUAUUACUACUACCCAAGCCAUUCUCGCCCACUUUCCGCGAAAACUGGGACCUUUACCGCACGGAAUACUGGGAGCGCGAGAACGAGCGGAGGCGAGUCCUCCUCCAGAAGCUCCGGAAGUACGAGCGCGAGCACGCCAAGAAACAAAGUUGGUGGAAAAAAUUACUUGGUGUGCAACCGGUUUUGACGGCGAAGGAUAUCGAGAAGCACGGCCAUCACCAUAAUCAGAGCGUUCAUAGAAUGGGUCACCUAGGCUUACCAGCGGACAAGGAGAAGAGGCUCAGAAGCGGAAGUGUGCGUUCUGGGAGCCAUUCGAGGACGAACUCGAGGAGUAACACUCCUACGCCUAGUGCCAGGGGAGAAGAUGAGGGCGGUGGAAGCACGACCCAUAGCCGUCGCAGCAGCACAGCCUCAUCAACAGCGGGCAGGAAGAAGAGGCCAAGCAGCAACUUAAGCACGUCUACCGCUACGACUCCACGGGGUCUAAGGGAACUACGGCCAGCGACUAGCGUCAGCUCUUUAUCCGCCGCCAGCGCUAGUGAAAAGGAGGAGUCGAGGAGCACUACCCCGGAACUCGCGAAGAGGGAAAUUCACCCAACGAGCAGUUUCACGAGUGAUGCGAGUGUGGAAAGUGGUGAUGGGGAAGCCAAGGAGGAGAAAGAGGCGGAGAAAGAGGCGGAGCCACGACGGGUGACCCGUGGGGCUAAACCGCAGGACAAUGCGGAGGGCGAGGCCAUAGAUGUUAAAACUGAGAUAUGAUACGGUAUAGAUGUACUCUUAGUGGUUAGGGAAUGAAACCAUGAUAUACCCGG